AUGACAACACAAUCCCACAGACCACAAUUGAGCCUUUCAGACGGAAAACCUCUGGUGCAUUACUGCGGAGGUGAGUUAUUUCAUGGAGUACAAAGAGAUUUCAUGUUUUUGAAGUCUUUGUAAAAUCGUACUUGGGAAGAGAGGAUUUUCAUUUACAAUUUUGUUAGUAGUAAGUGAUGUGAAAUCGGGUUAUUCUUCGACCAACAGAAUCGCUUUAUCUUCUUGGCCGUUUCUUGGCUUCGAGCGGUCAAUCUCAACUCGUACAUGUCAUACUUACAAGGAAAGUACUUCUAUGGGAUAUGGAGUUAUAGGUCGUGACAUAUAUCAAAACAAUUUCACAAUUUUUCUGAUUCAGAAUAUGUCAAAAUUAGCUGACCAAUUUUGGUUUGUAAUGGUGAAAAAAACCCUCAUAACUUUUCACGCAACACCACGCAAAUGCCCAUUUUUGACCAAGUCUUUACCAAUUCGAAAGCUUUGUUUCCAAUAUAAAAUUUGAUUAAUAUUCUACUAUACUUUAAUAGUAAGUUCCAAUGUAAAAAAGUGACAUUUGCGUGGUGUGGCGAGAAAAGUUCUAUAGGGUUUUUCACCUUACAAACCAAAAUUAGGUGGCUUAUUUUUACAUAUUCUGAAACGAAAAAAUUUCACGAUGUUUCUGAUAUAUGUCUUGACCUGUAACUCCAUACCCAAUAGAAGUACUUUCCUUGUUAAAUAAGCCCGCUUCAAUAGUUAUUUUCUCUUACAAAAUGCAACCAAAGCUCAUCCAAAAACCUGUUUUUCGUACUCCUGAUCCCAAGUGCGGAAUUCUAUAUAUCAUCUCAUUUGUUCUCGUCUAGAAAACAAACGCAAAACAUGUACGAACCUGCACUUUCAUUAGGCGUAAACAUGUUUUCCUCAACUCUUAAUUCAUUUCCAGAAUGCGAGAUGCCCAUUGAGUAUUGUGUCUACGGUCAGGAUCCAAUCCGAUGCCUUCGGUGGCUGGAACGGCAUCUCCCCGAAGUUCAUGCGCAAAUGGUUCCGGAGCAGGUGAAAAAAUAUAAGAAUCCGGUGACUCCGACGAUCAUUGAGACAGUUAUGAUACCCGAAAUGAGAGAUGGACGAUUCGCGUCGAUCGGAAGUCUGGAUGAGUUUAAGAAGAAGGUCUUCAGGAAGGAGAGGAAGUAA